CCUGGAUAAAGACAUAAAGACGCUCCUUCGUCCCAUUUUCUACCGCAUCUACCGAACUUGGACCUCGACGUUAUGACAUGCCUCACGCCGACGACGACCCAGCACCACCACCACCAGAAACCCCGCCGCCGUCGUCGAUAACCCCCUCCGCUGACCCCACCGCCAAACAUGGCCUCCUCCCUUUCGGUCCACCAAUUGAACGCCGAUUCCACCUUCCUCCUCACUUGGACUUCCACCCUUACUAUUAAUACGACCUCUACUACCACCUCCCUCACCAUCCUCGUCGACCCGUGGCUGGAUGGCACCACAACCAUCUUCCACCCCAAAUUCGCCCUCACCACCCAUACCUCCCCACCCGCCGUCCGCUCCCUAGCCGAAUUGCAAGAUACAGUGGACAUGAUCCUCAUCAGUCAGGGUAUGGAGGACCACUGCCACAAAGAGACCCUCUGCUCCCUCCCACCCAACACCACAAUCCCGAUAUACGCAACACCCAAGGCAGCACGGAUGAUUUCCAGCUGGAAGCACUUCCAGAACGACAUCAUUCAGAUUAUGAAACCCUACAACAGCACAAAAACGGAUACUAUCCUCCGGCUACCUAUCCACCCGGAGCCUACCUCCCAGGAUACCCUCCCAGGCGAACUCACCCUUACGAACAUCUGUCCCAAACUCGACCUCACCGGCCUGCACAACGCCAUUGGACUCACCUACACCCCUCCCAGUAUCACCUCGCAUACCACCCAACCCCACACCCUCUCAGCCCUCUACACCCCUCACGGCACCCCCCUCCCCUCCCUCCAACCCUACAUCACCUCCCACCUCUCACCCCUCCCCGGCGCCCUCCCUCUCACAGCUCUCUUCCACUCCCUCAACAAUGAGACAAAUCCCUGGUUCAUGGGCGGAGAAGUCUGCGCGGGAGCCCCCGGGGCGGCAUUGCUGGCGAGGGAAGUGGGAGUGAAGAAUUGGAUCGGAGCGCAUGAUGAGGUCAAGGAUACGAGUGGGUUGGGGACGAGGUUUAUUCGGAGUACAAUUUUCGCGAAAGAGGAGGCGAAGAGGUUGGUGGAGAAGGAGGAGUGUGAGAUUUGGGUGCUGGGCGUGGGGGAGAAGAGGACGUUUUCAUGA